AAAUGGAGAAUUUGUGGUAAUUCAGAAUUUAUCUUUUUUUUUUAAACACCAAAAAAAAAAGGAUUAAUUACGUCAUUGUAGACUGGUUUUUACGAGGGUAACAAAACAUUUUCCCGCGGGAAAAUGAAGAUGCAAAAGACGACGACGACAGGCAAAUUUGCUUGAACUCUCUCAGUUUUCCGGUGCGACUUCGCCGGAAUUCAUGGCUGCGACUCUUCUGUCUCGUUGCUACCGUAUCUACAAUUGCGACGCGUGCAAGUGUGUUUCUUCCGAGAAUCACCAGACCACGGGGAAACGAAGUCUCGAAUUCGACUCAAGAUUCUCGAAACCAGUUCGGCUAGUUCUUCGAGACCGAUACAAGGUAACUAAGCAGCUCAAUGAUCCUGCGCUCACUCGGGCUUUACGUGGUUUCGCUGAUUCUGGUCUCAUGGAGGAUGCACUCCAACUGUUCGAUGAAAUGAACAAAGCUGAUACUUUUGUGUGGAAUGUGAUGAUUAAAGGUUUCACUAGCUGUGGGUUAUACUUUGAAGCGCUUCAACUUUAUUGCAGAAUGGUAUUUUCAGGGGUCAAAGCUGAUUCCUUUACUUAUCCUUUCGUGAUUAAAUCGGUUACAGGAAUUUCGUCAUUGGAAGAAGGGAAGAAGAUUCACGCGAUGGUGAUCAAGCUUCGGUUUGUUUCAGAUGUUUACGUCUGUAAUUCUCUUAUAUCUUUGUACAUGAAGCUUGGGUGUUCUUGGGAUGCAGAGAAAGUGUUCGAAGAAAUGCCUGAGAGAGACAUUGUUUCGUGGAAUUCCAUGAUUUCUGGAUAUCUUGCGCUUGAAGAUGGCUUUCGCUCGUUGAUGCUAUUUAAAGAAAUGCUGAAAUUUGGGUUUAAGCCUGACAGGUUCAGUACCAUGAGCGCUCUUGGUGCUUGUUCUCAUGUGUAUAGUCCAAACAUGGGAAAGGAGUUACAUUGCCACGCUGUUCGAAGUAGAAUUGAAACUGGUGAUGUUAUGAAAAUGUCAGAGCAAAAUGGGUUGCAGCCAGAUGUUAUUACAUUGAUCAAUCUGCUUCCUGCUUGUGCAAUCUUGGAGGGUCGAACAAUUCACGGGUAUGCUAUGAGGAGAGGCUUUCUUCCUCAUAUAGUAUUGGAUACUGCUCUGAUUGAUAUGUAUGGAGAAUGGGGGCAGUUAAAAUCAGCUGAGGUUAUAUUUGAUCGAAUAGCUGAAAAGAAUUUGAUCUCAUGGAACUCGAUUAUUGCUGCUUAUGUGCAGAACGGGAAGAACUAUUCAGCCUUGGAGCUAUUUCAAAAACUCUGGGAUUCAUCGCUUCUACCUGAUUCCACAACAAUUGCUAGUAUUCUACCAGCUUAUGCAGAAUCUCUAUCCUUGAGUGAAGGUAGACAAAUUCAUGCUUAUAUAGUUAAGUCUAGAUACGGGUCAAACACUAUCAUCUUGAAUUCACUCGUUCACAUGUAUGCCAUGUGUGGUGACCUUGAGGAUGCAAGAAAAUGUUUCAACCACGUCUUGUUAAAGGAUGUUGUUUCAUGGAACAGCAUCAUCAUGGCCUAUGCAGUACACGGUUUUGGGAGAAUUUCGGUUUGCUUAUUCUCAGAGAUGAUUGCUUCUAAAGUAGAUCCAAACAAGAGCACCUUUGCUUCACUAUUAGCAGCAUGUAGCAUUUCUGGUAUGGUUGAUGAAGGAUGGGAAUAUUUCGAGUCGAUGAAAAGAGAAUACGGGAUCGAUCCUGGAAUAGAGCAUUAUGGGUACAUGCUGGAUCUCAUUGGCCGUACAGGAAACUUCAGCUCAGCCAAGAGAUUCAUUAGAGAAAUGCCAUUUUUGCCAACAGCUCGGAUUUGGGGAUCUUUGUUAAAUGCAAGCAGAAACCAUAACGAUAUAACCGUAGCUGAAUUCGCGGCAGAACAGAUAUUUAAGAUGGAACACGAUAACACGGGAUGUUAUGUCUUGCUUUUGAACAUGUAUGCAGAAGCUCGAAGAUGGGAAGAUGUAAAUAGGAUUAAGCUUCUCAUGGAGAGCAAAGGCAUAUCCAGAACAUCAAGUCGCAGUACUGUUGAGGCGAAGAGCAAAACGCAUGUGUUAACAAACGGAGACAGAUCCCACGUGGAGACAAACAAGAUCUAUGAAGUCUUAGAUAUUGUCUCGAGGAUGAUUGGAGAAGAAGAAGAAGAAGACAGUUAUGUUCACUAUGUCUCGAAGUUGAGACGAGAGACUCUAGCUAAGAGCAGAAGCAAUUCACCAAGAAGACAUUCGGUAAGGCUCGCCACGUGUUUUGGAUUGAUCUCUACGGAAACGGGAAGAACAGUUACGGUGAGAAAUAACACGAGAAUCUGCAGAAAAUGUCACGAGUUCUUGGAAAAAGCUUCGAAAAUGACAAGAAGAGAGAUAGUUGUUGGAGAUUCCAAGAUAUUUCAUCACUUCUCCAAUGGUCGCUGCUCGUGUGGAAAUUACUGGUGAAAACACAGGUUGUGGCUAAAGUAGGUAUAUAUGUAUGUUAUCAGACAAAUGUAAAAAGAAGAAAACAUCUUUUGACAAAAAAAAUUCAUUGAUCAACUACAUUUUUAUUGCUAAAA